AUGUCGUCGACGCGUUAUUCGCAGCAACCGCUGCAGAUAUAUCAAGACCCGGAUGCAUCAUUCGAUCAUGCACCGAUGCCGUCGUCAAAAAAUGCCGCGAACCACAGAAAGUUCUCACCAUUACGACCGAUCAAGAACGCCGCACCGAGAAGGAACAUCAUACUUAACCCACCACAGAAUGGGCCAAGCAGACGGUCUCCUUCCAAGGGCCAGCACCAGAGUUCUAGCUCCCCUUCGAGAGCACCUUUUGGAAACAAGUUGAACUCGGUAUCGAUGCCACCCCCGAGGGGGCCCAUGUACAACACAGAUUCAAUGGAGAAGAAGCCACCGAUGAUGUCAAAAUUCAAGACAGCUGCACCUCAAAAAGCUCUCUUUAGCACCUUUUCAAGCGUCUGCGAGAAAGAGAACUAUCCUCAGCAACCCUUUUACACACAGCAAACCUACACUGGACUUCCUCAAAGCAACUUUUCGCUGGAAGGAUUUUACGACAGCAAGCCAUCACAGAAACGAUUGAUGGAGGCAGCGCCCAUCCAUGAAUCCCGCUCAAUUAAGAAGACUAGGACAGGAGACAAGCACGUGCAAUCGCCUACUGGGGAGGAAGCUAUCGAAUCUUCGGAAUUACCAGCACCAGAUUCCUUUCCUGCUUUAAUUGACGACGGAAGCAAACCACCGCAUAGUUAUGCCCAAUUAAUCGGAAUGUCCAUUCUCAGAGCGCCAAAUCGACGGUUAACCCUAGCUCAGAUAUACAAAUGGAUCUCGGAUACGUAUUCGUUCUAUGGCGCUUUGGAUGCUGGAUGGCAAAAUAGCAUUCGUCAUAACCUAAGUCUUAACAAAGCUUUUAUCAAGCAAGAGAGACCUAAGGAUGACCCAGGAAAGGGAAACUACUGGGCAAUUCAACCUGGGAUGGAGUAUCAGUUUAUCAAGGAUAAACCUACUGGUCGGAAAAGCACUGGACUCGUCGAUAGCGGACCGUUUACGAAUAGGCUACAUACGCCAUCACUUCCACCAUUGCCAACGCCACUUCUCGAUUACCCUCAGUCCGCAUUCUUCAAGCCACUUGCAGCAGCCCCCCAACAAGAACUUUCUGCGUCCAAGGCAACAUUUACUCCAGAAUCACAGCUGCCAACCACUAAGGAGCCAUCCUCCGAUGCCACCAUUCCAGCUUCCGAUGCGUAUGGUGAACCAGAGCAAGAUGACUCUCCACCGGACGAUGCUCCUUCCUCUCCUUUAAUGCGUUCAUCACCUCCACCAGCAGCGAUUCACUCCUCGCCUCCUGUUCCUCGACAUGCCACAAGAAGACACGAUACACCACCUCCAGUCCCGCGAUUCCCUUCUUCUUCAGCCAAUAGAUCUUCUCAUAAACGAAAGUUUGCUUCAAUGGAUGACAGCGGUUACUUUUCCUCGCUGGAUUCAUCUGCUCUAAGACCAAACAGACUCUUGACCUCGGAAGCUGACCGACCAAGGAUUAAGCGAGGUCGAGCGGAGGAAGAGAUCGCACGACUUCGUGGGUCUUCUUAUGAUAGUCCAACGAAGAGACCAACAUCGUUUGCACCACCUUCAUCAUCACCAUUGCGACAGAAUCCUAAAAAGAACUCUCAAAUGCUUCCACCCCUGACUCCAGCUGUAAAGCUGAGAGCUCCCGCCCGCCCACCACCUUCGGUAUCACCCAACACCAACCUUAGGAUGCACCGAGACAAAGUCAGAGAGCUGGUGGGCUCGCCUCUUCGAGGUGUGACUUCGAUGGAUGACAACCAACUACCUUGGAGUCCAGCAUUCAAUCUAGAUGAUUCUAACUAUCUUUUCACUGAUUUUAACAAUGCUGGAGAUUUUGACAUAUUCAACGACUCAAACAACUUUUUAUCUGUACCUGGAAACGGCUCGCCCGAGAAGAGGUCAGCAAAGCGGCCUCGUCUCGACCGAUCCAGGUCGGCCAACAUCCUUUCUGACAUCUCCAAUCAUAAUAUGAAGAAUAUUACAUCGACACCUUCCAUCAAACUCACACCAAGUGGCGGUUUGUCAUUUUUGGAUUCUCCUACUAAAGGUCGCGGCUUGAUGGAAUCACCUAGCAAAUUGCUCAAUCUUUCAUCCCCAAUUAAGAUUUCAUCGCCGAAUUUUAACCUUGAUAACUUUGACAUGCCAAGCGAGGACUUCUUCAAUGAUGACUUUCUCACCGACAACUUCGAUGAAUUUUCUGGAGUCGACAUUAUGCAGGGCUUUCAGAAGAUUGGAGCUGGCGGCAAUUCGGCGAAAAAUACACCAAGGCCUAAUAAUCGGCCUCCUCUCGGUCGAAGCUUCACUUCUCGCUUUUAA